AUGUGGAUAAUGAAAUUUUUGACAGUAUUGUUGGUAUUUAUACUCAAUUUAGACAUUACUAAUGGUCAAUUAAAAGACGAAUCUGAUAAUAAUAAGGCAUUCCUGGGUGUUCCUUACGCUGUUGGCAAUCCAAUAACAGUCUCCAAUGUUUGUUCUUUUCCCAAAAAUUGGCACAGAACAGCAGGAUUCAGAGCCCUUACAGCAAGGCUGGGUAUUGGUAUUCAAUCAGAUUCAUACAAAGAGUUGUUGAAUUAUCCCGGUACUUUCCAAUUAACCACUCAACAGUCAAGCACAACAAAACCUAACUUUCAAAUCAGUGGUUUGGUAGGGAAUAUUUAUGGAUUAACCAUUGUACCAAGCUAUCUGUUAGUGGAAUUGACUGGAUAUUUUGUUCCACCUGUCUCGGGUGAGUAUACAUUUUCACUUGAAGGAUCUGAUGAUGCGGCCAUUAUCUUCAUUGCCAACCCUUCUACGUUUAAAUGUGGGCACGUUGAAGAUUGGCCAACCGCAUAUGAUAACGAUGUGACCGUCACAGAGUCUAUACACGCAACUAGAACCAUCUACAUGAUUGAGGGUGUUGCUUAUCCUAUCCGUAUUGCUUAUUACAAUGGACUAUCAUUAGGAAAAUUGCAGGCGUCAUUUACUGAUCCCGAAGGUGUAAAGAGAGUCGAUUGGAACGGAUAUAUCUGGAGAUAUGAUUCGUGUGAUACAUGUUCUUAUGUACCACCACCAACUGUAGUUACAACAGAAACUUCUAGCUGGGUUCUGAAUCCUACGACUACAGGAACUAGUUAUAGCACAGCUUUGGGAAUUGAUGGUUUGCCAACUACAUAUACCAUCUACCAAGUGGUUGUUCCAACUAUAACUAAGUCUCUUGAAAUUCCUCCUCCUAUUACGCAAACAGAUACCCAUCCUGACUAUUUGGAAGAGGAAGUUGUUAGUUACUAUAGUACUACCAAUGCUGAAGGUAGUCCGAUUACUGGCACCACCACUUCCACCAUUCGGACGAUUUUGAUUAUACCACCCCCCAUUACCAUCACAGUUACUAAGGAAGGGUGGGAAGAAGAACAAGAAAUCUCGUACUUUAGUACAACCGAUGCUAAUGGCCAUGGAAUCACUGGAACUAUAACUAAGACCGUAAGAUUACGUGUAGAUGUACCAACCCCAUUUACGACAACAUACACCAGCAAUCAUGAACAGGUUGAGGCUGAAGUAUCGUAUAUACCCACUGUUGAUGCGGAUGGAAAGCCUACUUAUGUUACAACUACCAAGGUUAUAGCAAUUUCGCACUUGCCGCCUCCUCCAGGUUAUACAGUUACAGUUGAUGUGGGAAAUGAAGUGACCCACUAUGAAGUUGUUAGCUACUUCACGACAGAAGACGAAAAUGGGCAAUUUUACACUGGCACAUCCACUGUUACAUUUACUCCACCAAGUCCAACCACGAUUACAAUUACCAAAGAAGGUGUUGAGGAAACUGACUACGUUUCAUAUUUCAUAACUACAGAUGCCGAACACAAUAUUAUAACGAGCAGUUCAGUCAGUAAAAUACUCGACGAUGGAUUAGACAAGACGACUGUUGUGACUGAUGAGGAUGGGACAGUGCACACCGACAUCAUCUCGCACAUCACCACUACGGAUGCGGAGGGCAACCCCACGAUAAUCUUGACCACGUACCCAUCGCCUACUGACGACGGGUUGGACAAGACGACUGUUGUGACUGAUGAGGAUGGGACAGUGCACACCGACAUCAUCUCGCACAUCACCACUACGGAUGCGGAGGGCAACCCCACGAUAAUCUUGACCACGUACCCAUCGCCUACUGACGACGGGUUGGACAAGACGACUGUUGUGACUGAUGAGGAUGGGACAGUGCACACCGACAUCAUCUCGCACAUCACCACUACGGAUGCGGAGGGCAACCCCACGAUAAUCUUGACCACGUACCCAUCGCCUACUGAUUCUAUUGGAAAUCCAAUUGCGUUAUCUAAUGUUUGUUCAUUUCCAGAGAGUAGAUCUAGAACUGCGGGGUUCAGAGUACUCACUGCAGGGCUGGGUAUAUGGAUUACGUCAGAUUCCUACAAAGAGUUGUUGAAUUAUUCUGGUAGUUCCCAGUUGAUCACUCAACAGUCCAGUACCACCCAACCGAACUUUGAAAUUGGUGGUUUGGUAGGGAAUAUUUAUGGAUUAACCAUUGUACCAAGCUAUCUGUUAGUGGAAUUGACUGGAUAUUUUGUUCCACCUGUCUCGGGUGAGUAUACAUUUUCACUUGAAGGAUCUGAUGAUGCGGCCAUUAUCUUCAUUGCCAACCCUUCUACGUUUAAAUGUGGUAAUAUUGAAGACUGGCCAACACCGAAUGAAGCUGAUAUAUCUGUCACUGAUACUAUACAUACAUCUAGAACUCUCUACAUGGUCGAGGGUGUUGCUUAUCCUAUCCGUAUUGCUUAUUACAAUGGACUAUCAAUAGGAAAAUUGCAGGCGUCCUUCACAGAUCCUAGGGGUGUAAGGAGAGUCGAUUGGAACGGAUAUAUCUGGAGAUAUGAUUCGUGUGAUACAUGUUCUUAUGUACCACCACCAACUGUAGUUACAACAGAAACUUCUAGCUGGGUUCUGAAUCCUACGACUACAGGAACUAGUUAUAGCACAGCUUUGGGAAUUGAUGGUUUGCCAACUACAUAUACCAUCUACCAAGUGGUUGUUCCAACUAUAACUAAGUCUCUUGAAAUUCCUCCUCCUAUUACGCAAACAGAUACCCAUCCUGACUAUUUGGAAGAGGAAGUUGUUAGUUACUAUAGUACUACCAAUGCUGAAGGUAGUCCGAUUACUGGCACCACCACUUCCACCAUUCGGACGAUUUUGAUUAUCCCACCCCCCAUUACCAUCACAGUUACUAAGGAAGGGUGGGAAGAAGAACAAGAAAUCUCGUACUUUAGUACAACCGAUGCUAAUGGACAUGGAAUCACUGGAAGCACUACUAGAACAAUAACUUUCCAUGUAGACCUACCGACACCAUUUACGACAACAUACACCAGCAAUCAUGAACAGGUUGAGGCUGAAGUAUCGUAUAUACCCACUGUUGAUGAGGAUGGAAAGCCUACUUAUGUUACAACUACCAAGGUUAUAGCAAUUUCGCACUUGCCGCCUCCUCCAGGUUAUACAGUUACAGUUGAUGUGGGAAAUGAAGUGACCCACUAUGAAGUUGUUAGCUACUUCACGACAGAAGACGAAAAUGGGCAAUUUUACACUGGCACGUCCACUGUUACAUUUACUCCACCAAGUCCAACCACGAUUACAAUUACCAAAGAAGGUGUUGAGGAAACUGACUACGUUUCAUAUUUCAUAACUACAGAUGCCGAACACAAUAUUAUAACGAGCAGUUCAGUCAGUAAAAUACUCGACGAUGGAUUAGACAAGACGACUGUUGUGACUGAUGAGGAUGGGACAGUGCACACCGACAUCAUCUCGCACAUCACCACUACGGAUGCGGAGGGCAACCCCACGAUAAUUUUGACCACGUACCCAUCGCCUACUGACGACGGGUUGGACAAGACGACUGUUGUGACUGAUGAGGAUGGGACAGUGCACACCGACAUCAUCUCGCACAUCACCACUACGGAUGCGGAGGGCAACCCCACGAUAAUCUUGACCACGUACCCAUCGCCUACUGACGACGGGUUGGACAAGACGACUGUUGUGACUGAUGAGGAUGGGACAGUGCACACCGACAUCAUCUCGCACAUCACCACUACGGAUGCGGAGGGCAACCCCACGAUAAUCUUGACCACGUACCCAUCGCCUACUGACGACGGGUUGGACAAGACGACUGUUGUGACUGAUGAGGAUGGGACAGUGCACACCGACAUCAUCUCGCACAUCACCACUACGGAUGCGGAGGGCAACCCCACGAUAAUCUUGACCACGUACCCAUCGCCUACUGAUAAUGUAGAUAUCAGUACUUCUCUUCCUCAACCAAGUACUACAUCAUAUACUGAAGAUGGUGUGGUUAUAGUUGAGGUAGUGUAUGUCACCAUCUACACUGCAAGCAAUGGCGAUGUGAUGCUUACCACGAUUACUGAACUGUCUAAGGAAAUGAUUGAUGCUGGACCAAUAUGGGUGAGCCCUACUACAAGUACAGUAACAACAGUAGAUAGUAAUGGUAAUACAUUAACAAUCACCACAUCCUAUCUAAUUGACAAUAAUGGUAAUACAGGACCAAUUCCAAACUCUGUGAUAUCGUCAUCAGUGCAGCCUAGCGAUGAUGGGCUGGAUAAGACGACUGUUGUGACUGAUGAGGAUGGGACAGUGCACACCGACAUCAUCUCGCACAUCACCACUACGGAUGCGGAGGGCAACCCCACGAUAAUCUUGACCACGUACCCAUCACCUACUGAUAAUGUAGAUAUCAGUACUUCUCUUCCUCAACCAAGUACUACAUCAUAUACUGAAGAUGGUGUGGUUAUAGUUGAGGUAGUGUAUGUCACCAUCUACACUGCAAGCAAUGGCGAUGUGAUGCUUACCACGAUUACUGAACUGUCUAAGGAAAUGAUUGAUGCUGGACCAAUAUGGGUGAGCCCUACUACAAGUACAGUAACAACAGUAGAUAGUAAUGGUAAUACAUUAACAAUCACCACAUCCUAUCUAAUUGACAAUAAUGGUAAUACAGGACCAAUUCCAAACUCUGUGAUAUCGUCAUCAGUGCAGCCUAGCGAUGAUGGGCUGGAUAAGACGACUGUUGUGACUGAUGAGGAUGGGACAGUGCACACCGACAUCAUCUCGCACAUCACCACUACGGAUGCGGAGGGCAACCCCACGAUAAUCUUGACCACAUACCCGUCCACUGCCGAAGACGGUAAAGAUAGGCCAACGGUUAUUAGUAGCUCGGAUAGUACUAUGCCUCCACAUAAACUGUCCUCUUCCAGUAGAGCCGAUUCUGAUAUCAAGCCUUCUCCUACAUCUAACUCAAUAUAUAUCCCAGAAAUUUCUCGUUCAGUAGGGAAUAAUUUGCAACCCAGUUCUAGUGCCACAUUAUCAAUAGGCAUUCCUGAAGAUAAUUUCAGUUCUUCUGUUAUAGUGGGGUCCGACUCAUUUGGAAGUAGUGAUCAAUCGGUAUUAGAAGGUCAAUCUAUUGGAACCGAUGACUUUGCUUCCAUCAAGACCAUUGAUAUAUCGGUUCUUGAAACUUCUUUACCGACAAAUGAGACAACGAGCCGUCACACUUCUAUAAUUGAGGGCUCCGUUAAGGGUGCUGCACCUUCUGUGAAAAACAACUUCACGAUUACCGUACUACCUUUGAUAGUUGUACUAGCGUUGUGUGUUGUGUAA